ACAGACCCAAUUUUGAAUCAAACAAAGAAGAAGAAAAAGAAGAAAAAUGAGGAGUUUAAUUUGUAACUGUUGUAAUAAGGAAUUUUUUGACGAAAAUGAGCAAAAAAUUCAUUACAAAUCAGAAUGGCACACUUAUAAUCUUAAACGCAAGGUUGCUGGAGUUCCUGGAUUGACAGAGGCACUCUUUAUAGCCAGACAGUCUGCACUUGCAGAAGAAACUCCAUUGCUAUAUAGUUGUGUACAUUGUGGCAAAGAAUAUAGAAGCUUUAAAGCUCAUGCUCAACAUCUGAAAUCUAAAACUCACUUAGCACGAGCUUCGCAAGAGACAGGUCAUCAUCACGAUGAUAAUAGCGUUAUUAGUGGAAGGGAUGAGAGCGAGUGGGAGGAGGUUGAUCAAGAGGAAGAGAUCGCGUGUGAAGACAAUGACUCGUUGAGGCAACUAAAGAUGAAUGGAAGUAGUACUAGUAAUGGUGUUAUGGAUGAUGAAGGUAGCGAUGUUGAUGAGUUGGAUCCGCGUUGUUGUUUCAUGUGUGAUUUGGAACACGAUACAGUAGAAAACUGUGCGGUCCAUAUGCACAAGAAGCACGGGUUCUUCAUACCUGAUAUCGAGUAUUUGAAGGAUCCUAAAGGCUUCCUCACCUACCUUGGUCUCAAGGUUAGAAGGGAUUAUAUGUGUCUGUAUUGCAACGAUAGAUGUCGUCCUUUUAGUAGUUUGGAAGCAGUUCGGAAGCAUAUGGAUGCAAAAAAUCAUUGCAAGGUGCAUUAUGGUGAUGGUGGUGAUGAUGAAGAGGCGGAAUUAGAAGAGUUUUACGACUAUAGAAGCAGCUAUGUGGAUGCAACUGGAAAGCAGGUUGUUUCAUCUGAAGAUUUUAACAACAAUGUAGAACUAGGAAGUGGUGGAUCUGAACUCAUAAUAACUACAAGAACCGAUGAUCAAUUGUCUGUUAAAUCAAUCGGUUCAAGAGAGUUUUUGAGAUAUUAUCGCCAGAAACCAAGGCCUACGCGUACUAAUGAUACAGCUAUAAGCUCUGGUUUAGCUUCAAGGUAGCGAAGCAUGGGUCUAGCAACUGUGUAAUCGAGGGAGCACAACGUUAAAAUGAAGGUGUUGAAGGCCAUGAAUAGAUGUGGUGUGGAUGCUAUGCACUCUGGGAUUGGCAGGAAAAGCAAUGUUAUUCGAAACCUCCCUAAAAAUAUACCAUAUUUAGUCUCUUCCCUAUGGAUUAUCUUGCAAUAUUUCCUACGAGUGUUAUAAUAUCUAUUAGUGUGUAUAGUUUUCGAAAGGCAUAAUACAUAAACAUGCCUCUUAUGUAUGAAUGUUUGGUAACCACACACCCCCAACCCAGAAAAAUAAAUAAAUAAGGCCAAAAGGUUUAAAAACCUCAAAGUUAUAAUGAGAUAGAGAGUGGUGAAGUCUCCUACAUGAACUUACGAAUAAAUACUACACAACGUGGUCUUUCGAAAAAAAGAAGGGAAAGAUGAAUCAAGGAUCCUCCUACAAUAGCUUAAAUUUCUUCUUGAAGUAAAGCUAAUAUACAACAAUUUCAGGUCUACAGACUGCCUGGUCUACAUAUAUCAUCACUUACCUCUUUGCUCUGGUGGUCUUUCGAA